AUGCGUAGCAGUGAAUCAAAAAGGCUUCUGGGUAAAAAUGAUGUCAUACCCUCUGCUAAUUUUAUGUUAAUAGCUAAUUGCAUUCCAGACAAUUUAGAUUUCCGGUCUGGGAUAGGCAAGAAGCCAGGUACCAAUGUACCACCAUUCUUGUACUGUGUACUGGAAGUACCGGACACAACCCCCUUAGCAUGUAGCCCUACCAUGUCAUUCUUCUAUGGAAGACGUGGCCCAUACUUGAAGUUGCUUCUUCGUGGUGAUUCCAAUGGUAGAGUGACAGUAUGGAAGAUGCCUGAAGUAUCAGAGAAGGAACUCGGUUUUUUGAAACAAGAACAGUUCGAUACAUACCCAGUGAUGCUUCCAACAGUGUCCACCAGUUUAUCUGAUUUAUGGAAUUCACUAGAAGUCAAACCACCUGGAAUCAUAGAUCAAUUGAGUGUGAAAUCCAACCAACAUCCUGAUGAGAUCUUAGCUGUGACUGCCAGUAUAUAUUUACCAAUGCAAGGUAGACUAGUCUGUGGUAGAGAAGAUGGCAGCAUAGUUAUUGUACCAGCCACACAGACAGCUAUUGUGCAGCUAUUACAGGGAAGACAUACUGCAAGGAGAGGUUGGCCGCCUCAUCGUAUCUUACGCGGCCACCGUGGUAAAGUCAAUUGCUUGAUGUACCCGUUCCAAGAAAGCAGUCGUUAUGAACCACAAUACCUGGUGUCUGGUGGUGUAGAUUUCUCAGUCUGCUUGUGGGAUCUUUUUACUGGCUCAUUAAUACAUACAUUCUCUGUGCAUGGUGGUGAGAUAACUCAGAUACUGGUGCCACCAGAUAUGUGUAAUUCUCGUGUCCAGACCUGUGUCUGUUCUGUUGCCAGUGAUCAUUCAGUAGCUCUGCUCAGUCUUAGAGAUCGUAAAUGUGCCAUGUUAGCCGGACGUCAUCUUUUCCCUGUACGUAAUAUCAAAUGGAGACCAGCUGAUGACUUCCUGAUUGUUGGAACCAACGAUGAUACUGUGUAUGUCUGGCAAAUGGAAACGGGUCAUCUUGAUAGGAUCGUACACGGCAGUACUGCUAUUGAAAUUCUCAAUGCAUGUGAUGAGACCUUGAAAGCUGAUGAGGUCAUGCUGAGUCCCGCACAGAGUAUCGCGCAAUCAUUGAAACGUCGCAGCCUGACACCGCUGAAGAACGCAGCACAUAGAAGUAUUAUUGCUGCAGCAAAUCAAGCAUUAGGGAUUCAGACCUCCACAGGUGAUACUCCGAAAGUUGCGCAAAACUCUCUGAUGAUCCAGCCAAUCAGGACCAACACUAAGGAUUAUGACUCGCACGUACUGUUUUUUGAUACCGAGGCCCUCAUUGUGCAAUUGUUGACAGACGAUAAUUUGAUUCCGGGAAUUAUUACCCCGCAGAGCACAGCCAAUCUGACGGACUCCCAGAAAGCGGCCGAGAAACAUACAUCAUCUCCUAAGCUUGCGCAGAAAGUUGCUGGAUUCAUCAAGAAGGAGAUUGAGAAGUUACGUGACGAUUCUUCUGAUGAGAGUGGCAGUGAAGCUGCAUCGGCAACACCAGAACUAAAGCGUAAAUCUGUGAUGACUAACAAAGAAGAUCCAAAGAACCAGCAACGGAAAUCGAAAAAUUUAACAUUGCUUGAAAGUAAUCUAACUUUAGAUAUUUCACAGUUGUUCAUGUCCUCACUACAUGCUUGGGGACUAGAUCGGAGCUUGGACGAAAUUUGCCUGACAAAACUGGGACUUCUAAAACCUCACAGUCCAGUAUGUUUUGGUCUCUUCUCACGUGGCGGUCACAUGUCCCUCAUGCUACCCGGCUGGCAUAAGUUUGUAAAGCCAGAGGAACCUCCUCCAAAAGGUAAACCUGUGGAUCCCAUGCAAGAGAUGAAACUUUCAGCCAGAGAGGCCUUAGAACAGAAGAGGUCUGCCAAGGACUCUUUAGAGCAGAAGAUGUCACCUAAAAAGCCAGGUAUCGGUGAGAAGAGCAGCAGAGCUUCACACUUAGGACACUGGGAGUUAUCACGAGCUGUCACAACACAGCAUUUACUAUCAGUUAUAUCGGUUGCUAAUACAUUAAUGAGUAUGAAUAAUGCCAGCUUUCUUUUACAUUCUGUCGUCGCCAAGAAGAAAGUUCGUCAUAGAAGUUACAGUCAUGGUAUUGCUAUCACCACGACUGCUGACAGUGAUUCUGAUGACUCUUCAGAUGGAGAAUUAGCGGAUAUGACACCACAACAGGCACAGAUCAAACAGGGAUGGAGUCUAUUAGCGGCUUUACAUUGUGUCUUACUACCUGAUCUGUUGGGAAGUGAAUAUUACAAACCACCACAGUUAGAAAUGUUAGCACGAAGAUGGCAAGAUAGAUGUCUGGAGGUCAGAGAAGCAGCACAGGCGCUUCUAUUAGCCGAACUGAGGAGAAUUGGAUCAGAGGGUCGUCAGGAUGUUGUCAAUCGUUGGGCCCACUAUCUUCCUAAUUACGUUGACCCAACAUUGAGUAUCAUGACCCAUGUUGCCCAAGGUCCAGAUCCAGACAGAAUAAGUCGAGGCGCAGAUGGCCAAUCAGAUGGAAGUGGUGAAGACAGUACUGAUAUGGAAAACGAGGAAGAAAUCUUAUCAG